AUUCUACAAGGAGAUGGAUAGAGCCUAGAGGGGUCAGAGGAGAUUAGGAAUGGCAAUGGGGCAGGUCUGGGGCGGGUUUCUUGGUACCCAGACCCGCCUCAUGGCAGGUCGGGUACAGGUCGGUAAUUUAUCACGGGUCGCGGGUCAGGGCAGGUCGACCCAUUGGGUAUGGAAUUUAUAUGAAAAACAUUAGAAAUAUUCGUUAUUUUUAUUAUAAGAUCAGGAAAACAAAUAAUAUUAUGAUAAAUGUAGUUAAUUUCUUGGAGAAAUUGAGGUUUUCACUAAUUUACAACUUUAUUAUAGUUAAAAUAUGAUGCAAUAAAAGGAAAAUCCUAAGUAAUUUGACUAAAAUUACAUGUAAUUUAGGAAAGAACGGGUCGAGAAUGGGGCGGGUCAGGGCAGGUCGGGUCGAUGAGAGUACCCAUGCCCGCCCCGCUCCGACUACGGGGCGGGUCGGACCCGGCCCAAAACAGGCCAAACAGAUCAGGUAAAACGGGUCAGGUCGAAUUUGCCAUCCCUAGAGGAGAUUGACAUUUCAAGAAACCGUUAGGUCAGUUCCCACCAAACAAAAUUUCCGGAAUUUCACACAAAAUCGAAUUUGUGAGGCUAUUUGUAUCUUCUCCCUUUUAAAUUAUCGGUUACCCCUAGCGUAAAUAAUAAAUAUGCAAUUAUAUGUACCAUCAAUGAUAAAAUCAAACAUUUCAACACAUAAGUCAUAAAACCCUAACAUGAUUCGAAUAUUUAAGUCUCAAAACAAGUACAAACAUUAAAAAAAAAAUCAAUUAUAGUUAUUCGAUUUUUCGGUCAAAAUUUUGGAAUUUCGAUUCGAUUGAAAGAACCUUGAUUUUCGAAAUAUUCAUAUUUCCCUUCCGAAUUUCGAACCGAAUAGCAUUAUUUUGAUUUUGGUUCGAUUUAGUUCAGAUUCGGUUCGAUUCCAGUUUAUCGAGCCUGUUGCCCACCCCUAGUUGGGUGGUUUUGUGGAUCCACGCUGUGUUGGCCCGGGCCUGAUUCGGCUGCAUCGGGCUGGGUUGGGCCGAGCCUGAUUCUUUCGCACUUGUCAUUUAUUUUUUUAUUUUUUUUUAUCUUAUUUCCAUCAUUUUAAAACAAAAUUCGUUUCUUGGCAACUGGAUCAAUCGGCCUAUCCCUCGAACGCCGACGCGACUUCCCAAAAUCGUCGCCGUCAACUGUUACCAAGCCACCGGUCUGCCUCCCAGACCUUCGUUAGUCUCUUUUAUCUUCCCCGCCAAGGAAUUGCCAGUAUAUGUAUUAAGGCGUACGAUUUUCUCGGCAAACAAUCGGAAAGAUGAAUGCUUUGCUAUCUAUGCUCCUGUUAAUGUCUUCCGUUCCGUCGCCGGCGUUUCCUGUUAUCCUAAGCUCCAGAAUCUGAUCGAUCUUCUUUGAUUGGUUGGUUUAAUAUCCUAGCUUUGUUCCAUUUGGAUGAUUUGGGCAUUGUGUAGUUGAUGAGAGUUGACCAAUUGGGUGGAUUAGGGUUUUAGUCUGUUGCCCCUCCUCCGCUCGGGGUAUUUAUCGGGCUGAAGCGAUUAGGCGAAUUGGUGCUUCCCAGUGAGAACUAUUCAGAGUAGUUAGGGACUUGAUAGUAGGUCUAUGGCGGAUCGUAGCAUCACCAGCAGUAACAACGCUUUAGCUAAGCCGAUAUGGAUGAAGCAAGCGGAAGAGGCCAAGCUGAAGAGCGAGACCGAGAAAGCUGCGGCUGCAAAGGCUGCAUUCGAGGCCACGUUCAAAGAUGUGAGUAACAAACCAGAAAACCCUGCUCUGGACUCGGACUCAGAUGAAGAAGAAUACGAGAGAGAUCUGGCUAACAAGCCCAUUGGCCCUGUCGACCCGGCUAAGUGUACCGCUGCUGGUGCAGGCAUUGCUGGCGGAACGGCUUGUGCUCCUUCGACCUUCAUGGUGGUGGCUAAGGAUGCUGAUGGAAGGAAGGUGCCUCACGGUGGAGCUCAGAUUAAGGUGACGGUGUCCCCUGGAGUAGGUGUUGGGGGAACAGCGCAGGAUGGGAUUGUGAAGGAUAUUGGAGAUGGCUCGUAUACGGUCACGUAUGUGGUGCCCAAGAGGGGGAACUAUAUGUUGCAUAUAGAAUGUGAUGGAAAACCCAUCAUGGGUAGUCCAUUCCCUGUGUUCUUCAGUCAAGGCACUUCAACUGGUGGAGUACUUGGUGUGGCUCCUGCUUCGACAUAUCCAAACCUUGUCAAUCAGACUAUGCCCAAUAUGCCUAAUUAUUCUGCAUCGAUGUCUGGGUCUCUCCCUGGACUGUUAAGUAUGAUUCCAGGAAUUGUUCCUGGUCCUUCUGGUGGUGUUGUCUUGCCAGGAAUUGGAGCAUCACUUGGGGAAGUUUGUAGGGAAUUUCUUAAUGGUCGAUGCACUCAAUCGGAUUGCAAGCUGAACCAUCCUCCCCACAACUUACUGAUGACUGCAUUAGCAGCAACCACCACAAUGGGCACUCUCAGUCAGGUGCCUAUGGCACCUUCAGCUGCUGCUAUGGCUGCUGCUCAGGCUAUUGUUGCUGCUCAAGCUCUUCAAGCUCAUGCUGCUCAGCUGCAAGCAGCACAGUCUAGUAAAGAUACAUCUGGUCCAUCUGACAAAGUUGGCAAGGACGAGGCACUCAAAAAGACGCUCCAAGUUAGCAAUGUCAGCCCACUGCUGACAGUUGAACAGCUGAAACAACUUUUCAGCUUCUGUGGCACGGUUGUGGAAUGUACACUUACUGAUUCAAAGCAUUUCGCAUACAUAGUGUACUCGAAACCCGAAGAAGCAACCGCCGGUUUGGCACUGAACAAUAUGGAUGUUGGUGGACGUCCUCUGAAUGUGGAGAUGGCUAAAUCACUUCCCCCGAAACCAGUUGUAAACUCUUCAGCGUCCUCUUCUUCUCUGCCUGUGAUGAUGCAGCAAGCUGUUAUAAUGCAACAGAUGCAAUUUCAACAGGCUUUACUUAUGCAACAGACAAUGACUGCACAACAAGCAGCUAAUCGUGCUGCAACCAUGAAGUCUGCAACAGAGUUGGCUGCUGCGAGAGCUGCAGAGAUAAGUAAGAAGCUAAAAGCUGAUGGAUUUGUUGAUGAAGAAGAACCUAAGAAAGAGAAGUCGAAGUCGCCAUCACCUCCUCGAGCGAGGUCCAAGUCGAGGUCCAGAUCACCAAUCAACUAUCGGAGAAAGCGAAGGUCUCCUUCUUACUCACCUCCGCCACACCGCCGCAGGGAACGUAGAUCUAGGACACCCUUGAGAUCUCGGAAUUACUCGAGGUACGACAGUGGUAGGCGUUCUUUCAGAGAUCCCAGAGAUGAUAACGGCAGAAAUAGGAGAAGGGAUUUGGAUAGAUCUUAUGACCGUGAUUUUUCUGCUUCAAAGCGACGUAAGAGUCGAAGUGUGAGCCCUCGAAGACGAAAAUCCUACCGGGAGGAAUCUGGUUCUCCAAGACGGCACCGUGAUAGUCCACCACACAGGACAAGAAAAUCAUCUCAUGGUGGGUCAAGAUCACCAAGGCGUCACCGAGCUAGCAGGUCAUCUCCUAGAAUUGAUGGUAAUAGCAAGUUGAAACAAAGGGAACGCUCUCUCUCUAAAACUCCAGAAGAGUCCAAUGACAGGACAAAUGGAGCCCAAGAUGAAGAAAUAAAGCAACAGGAAAGGAGAUCGAGAUCACUUUCUAGUGAAUCCAGGCCGGUUCAAGGUAAGUCCUCCCCAACGAGCUCAAAUGAUUCUGAUCAAAAGCAGAAGAGGAGGUCCAGGUCUAAUUCCAUAGACACGAAGCAUCAUGUGGAUGAGAAAUUGGAUGAGAGUUCUAAAGGUGGAAGUUCCAGACGUCGUGGAAAGAGGUCUCGAUCACGAUCAGCAGAACGUGGUCACAAGUCUAAAGAAAAAGGAACUGGAAGCAGAGAUAAGAAGUCAAAGCAUCGUGACAGAAACCGUUCAAGAUCCUUAUCAGCAGAAGAUAAGCAUCACAGAAAAAGUAGGUCAUCCCCAAGAGGCAGGGAUGGUGAUAGAUCAAAGCAUAGAAGGCACACCAAUUCAGCCUCCCCCGAUGGUGAAAAAACCAGGCACCAAAUAGAUGAGAGCAGGGAUAGAAAACUUAACCAUCGCAGCAGAAGAAGGUCAAGGUCAACUGAAGGCAAGAAUCACAGAUCUCCUAGAGAGCUUGAUGAAUAUGAAUCGAAGGAGAAGAAGCACUUAAGGUCUAAAUAUGCAGAGCGCAGGCGUCGCUCAAAAGAUGGCAGGGAUAGAAAGAAGGAUGAUAAUGUGUCUGAUAAUGAGGGCAGGUCGCACAGAAUUAAACAUCAUACUAAAGAGAAAAGUUAUAUUGAAGAAGACUCUUCAAGGACUAGGGAUGACGGACUGUUGCGGUCCAAAGAAAAAGACCUUCAUUUGAAUCAAUCUGUAAAAGACGUGACAGCAGAAGAUGAUGAGAAUCAAAAUGGUAGUUUUACGCCAGAUGGUAAUACUGAUGGGGAAGGUGCAGUACCAUUGACUGAGGAUCCAUAGCAUGGGUAUGUCUACUGCUUCAAAAUGGGGGACAUAAAUGUUAGGUUUAUUUGAUCUUGACAAAAUUGGUGAUUGCUUGGUGUGGUUUGCAGGAAUCAUGAUGCCAGGAACAUUGGAUUUCAGAGGUCGGCAUGGCUGGAAAAUGGCAGAGUUUAUACAUGCAAUAUCAGAACUGGGAACAGCCAUCUCAUGAUUCGGCCAAUGCUGACGAGAGUUGUGUUGCGAGAUUUGAAAGCUAACGGGGGAAGCGGAGAGGGCCUCUUUGUUUUGGAUAAGGGGUGUUUUUGAGAAGACUUGUUAGAGUUUCUUUGGAGCUAGGAUUCUCUGCCAGUAGCUGGCUCCUUAUGAACAUGCACCUUUUUUUUUUGUUUGCUAUCUUUGCAGGUCCAUACUGACUGGGUUGGAACUAGCCCUUGGGCCCGAGCUGACUUGAUAUGGCCAAGUAUCCCAAGAGCUAUGGCCAUUUGCAUCUCUACCUACAAUGUUUGUAGCCUAUAACUGCUAGAUGUAUGUGGAGCUUCUUCUAUUUCUGCCUUCUGGAUAUUUUGGAUAAAGUAUUGCUUUCAACAGUUUGUGCAUUUACCUUGCUUUUAGUUAGAGUGUGAAUGAUGUCUGAUGUUAUUGUGGGAAAGGCCGGAGAAGGUGCUUUGUCUUUCAUAUAGUGAAAGAUGGUGGAUCUUUCACUUGAAAGGCCCUUUUCGAUAUGUUUUGCAUGCUUUCUUUAGUCCACUUGUAGGCUAUGCCUUUGGUGAUUAUGCAUGUGACAGUUUAGACGUAGGUUCCAAUUUUUCCUACCUUUGUGGUUUAGUGGACCAGUCUUAUACCAAAUACGUGCAGGUUCAACAAGCUGCGUUACUGAAAUCAAGUGAAACCAGAUAGUUCUCCUUUUCCCUGAGAUCUGGAAUGUUGACAUAAUAGUGAUCCAAAAAGUAGAGGUAUGAAGCCAUGUAGUGGGAGCUUCCAUACUAAGUUUCCUACUUGGUGCUCUUAUGAAUUAUGAUUAAUAACGAAUUGCAUUGGAUAGAAUUGGCAGUGUUCAAGUAGCUUGUGAAUGCUGUUAUAAACCUGGUGCCUUAUU